UAUCGGGCGUGUCAUGGAGAACUCUUCAAAAGCUCUUCAAAAGUAAAAUGAGCCGGUGCAGUCCAAAUGAUCCCUGUUCCUUCUCCAGGCCCGAGGAGGCGUUAGUAAAGAGUUUGCACUUGUCCCUUGAUGUUGACUUUGAAGCUCAGAUUCUGAAGGGUAAUGUUGUGCUUGAAGUACAGCGAUCGGUGGAAAAAGCAUCGAGUUUGAUACUCGAUACAAGGGACUUGAAGAUAAAAAAAGUUCUCAACAACGUUACAGGUCAAGAACUGAAGCAUACAUUGGACGAUGCUGUACAGGCCUUUGGUUCUAAAUUACAAGUAGAACUUGAUUCACCAGACUUACAAAGUGUCUCAGUAAAGAUAGAGUAUGAAACAUCACCUAAAUCAACUGCCCUGCAAUGGUUGAAGCCAGAACAGACCAUUGGCAAGAGACAGCCAUAUUUAUUCAGUCAGUGUGAGGCUAUACAUGCCAGGAGUAUGGUACCUUGUCAGGACUCCCCAGCCAUUAAAACUUCAUAUACUGCAGAGAUAACUGCGCCAUCAGACAUAGUGAUCCUAAUGAGUGCAGAAAGAACAGGGAAUGAACCAUGCAAGAAAGAUUGCAGUAAAACUACAUACAAGUUUAACCAGAAGGUUCCAAUCCCAGCAUAUCUCAUUGCAAUAGUAGGCGGAGCUUUGGAAAGCAGAGAUAUUGGGCCAAGAUCCAAAGUGUGGUCUGAGAAAGAACUGGUAGAUGAAUCUGCAUAUGAGUUUGCCGAGACUGAACAAAUGUUACAAACAGCAGAGGCAAUAGCUGGACCCUAUGUAUGGGGAAUAUACGAUCUCUUAGUUCUUCCCCCAUCAUUCCCAUAUGGAGGCAUGGAGAACCCCUGCCUUACAUUUGUAACCCCCACACUUCUGGCAGGUGACAGGUCCCUGGCAGAUGUGGUGGCUCAUGAAAUCAGUCACAGUUGGACAGGAAAUCUUGUCACAAAUAAAACAUUCGAACAUUUCUGGUUAAAUGAAGGUUACACUGUGUUCCUUGAGAGGAAAAUUGCAGGACGGUUACAUGGCGAGCCUCACAGACAUUUCUCAGCUAUAGGGGGAAUGAAGGCACUACAAUAUGAGAUAGAUAUUCGUGGUGCAGACAAUGUAUUGACCAAACUCACCCCAGAUCUCACAGGAAUAGACCCUGAUGAUGCAUUUGGAACUGUGCCUUAUGAGAAAGGUUCCAAUCUAUUGUUCUACCUAGAGCAGAAGCUAGGAGGUCCAGAUGUGUUUGAACCAUUCCUGAGAGAGUAUAUCAAGCAGUACCAGUACAAAUCCCUUGACACUGCAGAAUGGAAAACAUUCCUCUACUCAUACUUCAAAGAUAAGAAAGAGAUCCUUGAUUCUGUAGACUGGGAUGCCUGGUUUAACACACCUGGGCUGCCUCCUGUGAAGAAUGAGUUUGACACAUCUCUAGCCGAUGCUUGUACAGCCUUGGCUAAGAAAUGGAGUGAUGCAUCGGAUGAAGAUGUUUCCAGUUUCCCAGCUUCAGAUCUUGAAAGUCUGUCAUCUCCACAGAGAGUAGAAUUCCUAGCACAGCUCAUCAUGCUACCACCAUUAUCAAAGGCUAAGGUUGAAAUGAUGCAGAAACUGUACAAGUUUGAUGAUGUAAAAAAUUCUGAGAUAAGAUUCAGGUGGAUAAGACUUGGCCUCAGGGCUGAAUUUGAUGCUGCCAUUCCAUUGGCUAUUGAUUUUAUGAAUGCACAGGGCAGAAUGAAAUUUGUUCGACCAGUACACAGGGAUCUCUACGCAUGGGAAAAGGCUCGUCCUAUAGCGAUAGAGAAUUUCCAGAAACACCGUAAUGAGAUGCACACUACAACAGCACAACUUUUAGCCAAAGAUAUGCACCUGGAGUCAUAGACCAGCCAAACUAAAUACACCCCAAAACCUGUAGGACUUAAAAAGACCUGGGAGUAGAAGAUUGCAAGUUAAAAUCAAUGAACAUUCUGAUGAUGUGUAUUGUACUAAGUGUACUGGAUCAUGGAAUACAUUUUUGAGUUGCUUUAAAAAAGACAAUAAAUCCAGAAGGUCUCAAAGCUGAUAUGACUACAUUUUGAAUAAAAUACUACCAUACUGUAAUAUAACACUUUUUAGAAUUGCAUUGAAUGGAUUUCUUGAAUAAAAUACAGAUGAAUGAAUAAUAAAAACGUACCUUAAUGCAAUAAUAAAUUAUUUCUAUAAAAUCAUAUAUUUUAUUUCUUAUUUGGUGUGCAUGUGGUGUUAAUCCUUUUACAAAACCCAUAAAGCACUCUAAAUGGUUAAGAACUGUCCAAAGUACAACUGAUAUUUACGUGGAAAGCCCUAUCAUCUCAAAUUGAUAUUCUAUUUUCUGCACCUCCACCAGAAAAAUUAUUGCCUCAAUUGUAAAAAAAAAAAAUAUGUCUGAUAGUAUACAUUGAACAAACCUAAAAAAUGAACACACGUAUGACAGAAAUAGAAAUAUAUUCUUUUUGUUCAUAGGAUUGAGAUGGCUGAAGAACGGAUGACAUAACUUACUUGUUUCUCAUUAUUUAAGUGUUAAGAAAUUGUGAAACUUGCAAUUUACAUGUAAAUCUUGCAAAUGCUUUGUCAGACAAAACCAUGGUGAUAAAGAGACAUCUUUCUAUAAAUCAUUAACAAAUUAAACAUAAAAACUUGAAUAUUCAACUAAUAUUAAUCUUAAUAAAUCAAGACUGAGAAAAAGAAAAAUUGCUAAGACUUUUGAGGGAUAAAAAAGUAAAAGAAGAAGCCAAACAUGUGUUUUUAUUCUGGCCUUUAGUUUGAAAGUAUGGUUAAAAUGCAAGCUUUCAGUCCUAUCUCAAUGGAGCAGAAGUGUUCUCAAAGAAUAAAUUGAUAUAGUUUACAAUAAACAAUGUCCCAUUUACAGGAAGCAUUACAGCUGUUCACUUCAGUUUUUAUAUCCAUAACUGUCACUGUUCGAUGCAACCUUAAAUUUAUU